UCUACCAAACAGGGCCUUGGCCUUUGUCCUCCUCAACUCAAGCAAGGAGGGUGAAACUAGUUUUCAUCUUGAAAAAGGAGUGCCCUAGUUUUUGUCCUCAGGGAACGCCCUCCUCUGCCCCCCACGUGAUUCUACACCAGUAUUGUAUGUUCUCUUCUCUGUCGCUAACAUAGUGGCUGCCUACCCCCCCGAACUCCGCCGACGCUCUUCAUAAAGGUUAAAGGUUUCUUCCUAGACGUAGCUCUUCACAAUGUUUAAGGGUUUGAUUUGUGCCCUGUUCAGUGAGUUGCCAGUGACAAUGAAAGGUUGGAAUCAAAGCAGCAAGAAGAAGCGCAACGGCAACGGCAACGGUGAAAAAAGCAAGAUUAAGCAGAGUGCAUGUAUAUGCCUGUUGUUUGAAUUGCCGCUGCAAAAGCGUAUCAAUGUGUUGGCCAUUGAUACAAGUGAAGAACUUCGUAUUUUUCCGCUAAGCCCACUGAAACAUGCCAGUUCAACAUCGCGAGUUGGUUUUGCCUCACUAGGGUCUAAAAUUUUUGUACUUGGUGGUGACAUUGAUCGGGAAACUAGAAAUUACCCCAGGGAAGUAUAUAUUUGGGAUUUCAAUUGCAAUGAGAAACAGUGGAAGAAGGGUCCUCCGUUGAACGCCAAGAAGCCAAAUCCGGUUGUUGUUACUGUGAAUAAAAAAAUUUAUGCCCUUGCCGGCGAUUCCAUAUUUGACCGUAGAAAAACUGAGACAAUAGGCCAUGUGUUCGAGGUCCUUGAUCCAGAACUUGGCAAUGUUUGGACCCCUCUGCCCAAUCCUCCAUUCCAUUCCUUAUAUAAGAAGUCUUCUGGCGUGGAAUUUCGCGGGCACACAGUCAUUGGCCUUAAUAUUUAUGUGUUAUUACUUCACUCAUAUAAUCGUGUUACUUUGUAUUCCUUUAAUGUUAUUGAAAACAAAUGGAAGAUGCAUAAUGGCGGUGACAGCAGUGGCGCUGCCUGUGCUGGAUCAGAUGAUAUGAUACUCCAUAAUUUAAGUGUAGGCCCAUGGUUCUUUGAGGCUGAGGUUGUAGACUAUCUGUUGUAUCAGACUAUCUUUGAUCAACCUGGAAAGGUCAUGAAGGUGUAUGCGUAUGAUUUGACUGCAGGACAGGAGGAUGAAGAACAAGAGACUGAAGAAGAAGCUGAAACAUUUGAUGAUGAUCCUCUUCCAGAUGAUUAUAGUUUGGUUACAGUUCCAAUAUUUGGGUUGAGUCAUGUAACCGAUACAGUCACUGCUUCAAAGUCGACUCUGGCGUUUGUGGUUCAUCUUAGGAACAACGUGUUUUGCCUAGUUUGCAUCUACACAUCUUGCAAUGCUGGAGGACGCGCUCGUCAUGUUCGGGCAUGCGUAUUUCAAGUUGACUCAGUUGAAUUGUUAGAAGGGACGGAGUUUACCAAACGCUAUCUUGUAGCAGAAAAUGUGACACAAGCUGACUGGAUCAUCGACUCAGGCCCAAAGUUGGGAAUCUUUUCAGCAAGAUGCAAUUUGGAUGGGUUGAACUUUCAAGUCCAUGCCAUCUUUGUCAACAUCUAUUCUUGUAUUGAAGUUUCUAGACUUGUGACUUGGUUUGUUGGAACCCCUAGCCUGACCAAAAGUUUGGGUUGGCCUUUGAUGGGGCAUAAGCUAUCCAAUUUGACCUCAUUUGGUACUUGUAAAUUUUUUAUGUUUCAAUUUUCAGUAAGACAUUCAAUGUUCGUGGCUUUGAAAGUUAAUUGUACGCUUGUAUACUUUACAUGCUGAAUGACAGUUAACAGUUCACGCAUAAUAUGUUCUUUACUCAUGUUAUAUUUUAAGUAGAUCUUUGUAAGAUAUUACUGUCAUUGUCUUAGUUUUCCUUAAAUAACUUAACUUAAAAAAAAGAAGAAGCUUUUAAGAGCAUAUCGAAAACAUAUUUGCACAUUGGAUAUGCAUCUCUGACAUAAUAACCAGAGGUUGGCUUGAAUGCUUGGUGUGCUUUUGGUGGGCUAAGUAGCUUUGUUAACAAUGAAUGAGUCUUAGUCUAGGACGAAUCUAGAAUUUUAUUUUUGUGGUGGCAAGAACAUGUUUAUAAAAAAAAUUACCACUAAUAAUACAAGCUAUAUUUAUUAGACCAAAAUAAAAAUAGCAAGGGCAUUUCUAAAAACAAUGGUACCAACUAAAUUUAUAAUGAAAUAACAAUAAAACGAAAAAAAAUUGAAGCAAUGACAUUGAAUUUAUUUUUUAUUUUUUUUCCAAUUUAUGUAAUAGGAACUAGAUGGAUGACUGAAUUCUAAGGCCCAUGUUUUUUGGAGAAGGGGCGUGCAGAUAUACUAUUUAUGACAAAUGCGUGGUUUGAUUGUAGAUGAAGCUAUUGAUGACCAAAUCAUGUUUAGAAAGGAGAGAGCCGAAAAAUUCAAGCUAUAAAAACAAAAGUUUAUGUGACAACGAAUUCAAAGCCCCAAGUUCUCUAAAGAAGGGGUAAGUGUGCAAAUCUAGUAUUCGAAGCCCAAAUAAAACUAAACUAUUGAUGAUUGGAUUACUCAAAAAUGGAGAGAGACUCAUUCUCUCCUAUGAAUUAGAGAGAGAACAUGAGGGAUGGGGAUGUCAGAUGUGGUGUGUGAAUGAAAGAGCCAAAGAGGAGAGGCUUUUUUGUGAGCCCAUGUGAUUCCUUACGUGUUUGUUUUUUUCCCCUUUUUAUUUAAAAUCCCCUAGAAGUAAUGCUGGCAAAAUGAAGUGAAAGAGUCACGGUGAAAGAUUGAAAAAGGAAAAUAAAAUAAUCCCAUUUUCUUUUUAGAGAAAAAAGGAAUGCAAAGAGAAAAAGAAUCAAAUUAGUGCAUGUUGGUAGCUGCUCUUCUUGGAAGGAGGGGGGGAAGGGGAAAUUCCUUAUAAAAAUUCUGAGCCUUGAUGUGCACUAUGCACCAAGGAUUGGGGGUUGCCAUGACCCCCUUUGGCCUAAGUGUGCCUUCAUCCCCGGUCUUGGGGACCAAGAUUGUGAAAUAGCUACCAUUAUGUAACAUAAUGGUUGAUAAAUGAAAAUUGUGCCAAGGUUGUACCCUUGAUAGUCUACCAUAGUAGACAUAGACUGUAAUCAGUGUAAUGCUCAUGUGUGAAGUCAUAAUGGUGGUAAGACGGUAGAAUGGCUCUAGUUAUGGCUAGUUCUGAUACAAGAGAAAAAGAAGAAAAAUUUAGAAAGGAGGAAGGAAAUAAUCUGAGCUAGUCAUGCUUAUAAUUUGUCUUAGAGUUGUUGAUCUUGUUCCUCUUCUUCAUUUGUGCCAGGUGCGACAAAAACAAUGUUUCUGUCUUUGGUGUUGCAAAUCUAUUUGCAUAACUCCUAUUAUACUGUAUCGGCAAACAUGACUGUGAUUUUGGCCCUGUUUGGUAUUGCAGUGUAUUUACUUUGGAAGCAUUUUUGCUGCCCUUUAUUUUCAUUAGGGUGUGCUUGAUUGCAUCUUUAAAAUAUUUGAUGUGUAGUUUUAGUCUCCGCAUAACAUUUCACUCAAAAUCACUUCUUUAGAAGCCGUCACAACACCAAGCGAGAUGUUAGAACCUUGUAUCCAGCUCAAUUUGCUUUAAUUGAAAGGCUAAUUUAAUCUGACUUUCUAUUAAUGUUGUAGAAGGUAUAGUGUUGCGUGGUGUGAUGCCCUGAUAAUCUAUAAUUGUAUCUUUUCAAUCCAAGCAAUUGUUUGAACUUCACAUGUGAGAGAUAUCUACAUUUGAUUCUUUGCUUUAUAUAUU